AAAGAACUCGCAAUGUCAUGACGAUCAGAGAAGACCUGAGUGGAAUUUGGGGUCCAAAGCAGCAUGUUGAAAUAUCAGAAGCUGGGUUUAACUGAGUGACGGGACUGAGAACGGCCAACAGCCAACAGAGGUUUGUUGUAAUUCAUUAUGUGGAUCUGAGAGCACUCCAUUCACUUGAAGAGCAGAAGACACACUUUUAUUGCACAGACCACAAGUCUAAAAGGUUUUCUGAUUAGAAUGAACUAAUAUCUCUUUAGAGGCCUGGUCCAUGUAUCACCUGAUUUUAAAUUCACUACUUCAAAAACAAAAUAAUGUCUCAGUCGUUGUCCAAACAGCUUGCUCUUUCACUGAAAGACAAAAGCACAUUGAUAAAACCAGAGACAGGGCAUCUACCUGUUUAUAUAAUUCCACAGCAAGAACAAAAAAUCGAUGAAAAAGGGUGCAAGAAAUUCAGUUUUGGGAAAGAGUCCCAACCUGGUAUCCGUAAUCGCACCAUAAUGGUUCUUGGAGCAACUGGGGCUGGGAAGACAACUCUCAUCAAUGGGAUGAUCAACUACAUUCUAGCUGUUGAAUGGGAUGAUCCAUAUCGGUUUAAGUUAGUUGACGAGGAUCAGUCGAGAUCGCAAGCUGAAAGCCAGACCUCUGAAGUCACUGUGUACGAAAUCAACCACCAAGAGGGCUUUAAAAUCCCCUGCUCUCUAACUAUUGUUGAUACCCCAGGCUUUGGAGAUACAGGAGGCAUAAAAAGAGACAAGGAGAUCACAGAACAGCUACGUAGUCUCUUCUCUGCCGAGCAUGGCGUCAGUGACAUUGACGCUGUGUGUUUUGUAGCCCAGGCUGCUUUAGCUCGGCUCACUGCAUCACAGAAGUAUGUGUUUGAUUCUGUGCUCUCAAUCUUUGGCAAAGAUGUGGAAGAAAACAUCCAGGUUCUGGUGACAUUCUCAGACGGCCAACCCCCACCAGUUCUAGAGGCGAUCAAAGCUUCAGGUCUCCCAUGUCCUAAAACAAAAAACGGGCUGCCAGUUCACUUCAAAUUCAAUAAUUCUGCAUUGUUUGCACAGAAUCAAUCAUCUGCUGCUGCUGCUGACUCGAGCGCUGCUGCUGACUCGAGCGCUGCUUCUGACUCGAGUGGAGAGGAGGAAGAUGAAGAAUUUGACGAGCUGUUCUGGGAAAUGGGGGCAAAAAGCAUGAAGAAGUUCUUUGUUGGUUUGGAUAAGAUGAAAACCAAAAGCUUGACAAUGACAAAGGAAGUCCUCGGAGAAAGAAAGCAGCUUGAGAUCUCAAUUGAAAAUGUGCAAAAGCAGGUUAAAGUAGGGUUAGCUCAGCUCGAGGAGAUUAAAAAGACAACUGAAACACUUAAACUGCAUGAAGCAGAGAUCAGCAGAAAUGAGAAAUUUGAGUUUGAAGUAGUCGUCAUAAAGCCUUUUCAAGAAAAUAUUUCUGGCACUGGAGGCUUCCUCACCAACUGUCAGGUGUGUAAUUUCACCUGUCACAGGGCAUGUGCCUACGCCAAUGAUGCAGAUAAAAUAAAGUGUUCUGCAAUGGGACCAGAUGGAAACUGUACCCAGUGUCCAGGCAAAUGUGAUUGGAGACAACAUUUUAACCAGAAGUACAGAUGGGAGUAUAGGGAGGUUAAAGAAAAGCAAACCGUGCAGGACCAGAAAGAAAAGUACCUGAAGGCCUCAGAGGCUAAAGGAACUGUUCAGGAACUAAUCCACAACAUGAAUGUUGAAUAUCAGCGUGUUCGGACUGAAGUGGGGGAGAUGAUGAAGAGGUCUGCCGAGUGUCUAAACAGACUAGGAGAGAUCGCACUGAAGUCAAAUCCUCUCUCCACUCCAGAGUACAUUGACCUGCUUAUUGAGGGAGAGAAAUCUGAGGCCAAAUUAGGCUGGAUGGAACGAGUCCAGCACCUGAUGGAGGUGAGAAAACAAGCAGAGCUCAUGGCUAAAGUAGGCAAAGGGGAAACCCUACUUUAAAGUCAGGAAGCUCUAACCUAGGGAGAAUCAAGACCAGUGCCAACUUAGACCAAGACAAGAGUUGAAAAUAAUAUCAAGUUUAAGAAGAGAUUUAAGCCGAUGAUACUGAUCCGGACUUGUUAGUGACUUAAUAACCAAGGGAUGAUACCAAUCAUGGUCCUUUUCUUUCUUUUCUUACAAGUUGUUUUUUAACUUUCUUUUUUCUUAAUCAUGAGGGUUUCAAUUUUUUAAAACAACUUCUGCAGCAAAGAUGUUUUAUGAAUGUUGAUGAAUUUAAAAAGUAAUCCUUGAAAUAAAUGCUGAAUAAGAGACUGACCUGAGUUAUAGAAGCCAGGGGAACAGAGGAAUUAAGUCAGGAUAUUUUGUGUCUACGAACGGCAUGUGUGAUUUUGUUGUUGAUUUGUUAUGCUGUGUUGUAACGCCAAAGUAAUGUUGUUUAAGCAAUGUCAAUAAAACGGAAAGAGUUUGAAGCCAAAUAUUUCCUCCAAUCCAGAGUACAUUGACAUGCUUGCUGAAUGAGAGUAAGCUGAGGCCAAGCCAAGUUGGGCUCAAAGAGUUCAGUGCCUGCUAAUCAUGAGAAAAAAACUAUGAGUCUCGACACUUGAGAGACUUAAAAUUCAAUAACUUUGCCAACUUUUUUUCUAUGUUUAAACAAUUGUAUUUUCAGGUUAACCAAACAGGAGAUAACAGAUUAACCAUCUUUGUGUGAACGCAUGUUUUGCAUGUACUGUUCAGUUUGCAGUUAUUUCCCCCUGUUAUGAUCAUUUACAUAUUUCAUGUAUGCAGUUUACAUUGCUCAAUACAUUACAUUUAGCUGAUGAUUCUAUCCAGAGCGCUUUACCAUACAAUGUUUUAAAAACAUUUGUUGCUUAGUGUUUUUUAUCUUCUCUUCAGGUAUAUAUAUAUAUUUUAAAUAUACUUAAUGUGAACACUUUUAAACAAUUAUAUUGAUGUUUAUUGAAUUGCAUGUUAUUGUCCUGUAGUAAUUAAGGGAGAGAUGA